CUCUUCAAAUCUCAACUCGUACUUUAGAGAGGGGAAAAAAAAAGAAAAAUCCGCUUCCGUUUUACCAACAAAUUCCUCCCGUCGCCACCGAUUCUCUCUCUCUCUUUCCCUCGAUCGAUCCCCUCCUCCAGAUCCCUCUCUCUCCUUCCAUGGAUUUCUUCAAAUCAGUCUUCUCCGACGACCCUCCUCCUCCCACCCCGCAAUCUCCCCAAAGCCCUCGCCUUGACCCAGACCCGGAACCGAAAAGCCCCGGAUCAUCCGGCGUGUGGAGCUUCGGGGGGCUGAUCAAAACCCUGGCCACCAGAUCGGAGUCGGUGAUCGAGUCCUACCGCCGCGAUCUCGGGGAGUUCGGGUCCGGGCUCCGGAAGGAGACGGCGGUCAUCCGCGAGGCCGCCUCCCGCGCCGUCAAGGACCUACCCACCUCGCUCGAGGCCGGCGCGUCGGUCGCGCAGGAGUCGCUCGAGUCGGUCGGGCAGGCCAUCGAUGACAUUGGCGCCACCGUGUUGAAGUCCACGGCCGAGAUCCUUUCUCACGGUAAGGAGGUCCUGCUGGAUCUCGAUUCCGAUUCGUCCGAUUAUAGCAGUAGCGGCGCGCGGCUGAACAGCGCCGGUGCUCAGAAUUCGGAUGUGAAGAAGUACAGCAGGUUCGAUGCGCAAGUGCGCGCGAUUCAGAGUGAUGCGAGUGUGUACUGCGAGGAGCCGGAGGGUUUGGAGGAGUAUGGCGAGUGGAAAUUAGGGUUUUCGUUGGAGGAGAAAAGGGAGGAGAUUGGGAGUUUGACUGGGGAGGGUGGAGCGAUGAAGGAAAUUUAUGAGAAGGUUGUGCCCGAGGAAGUUGAUCAUGAGAAUUUCUGGUAUAGAUACUUUUACAGAGUGCAUAAGCUCAAGGCAGCAGAGGAUGCCAGAGCUAGGCUCGUGAAGCGGGCAAUCUCUGGGGAUGAAGAGGAGGAUUUGAGGUGGGAUUUCGAGGAUGAAGAUGAGGAAGGAGAAGCAUUGGAGGCAAAAAGUGAAAAUGCCGGGUUGGCGAAAAAUGUGCCGGACUCUGUGAAAACGGAGGAGGGCGCUGGCGAAACUUCAUCAUCCAGGCUUGUCCAGGUUCAGGAGAAGAGUGUAGCCGUCGAAGAGGAGAAGUCGGAUUCAGAUACGUCCGGUAGUGAUGCAUCGGAAGUUAAAGUUGACGCGAGAUCGAAUAUGGAAGGGAAGAUCGAUAAGGCAGAUACCAGCGGCUCGUGCAAGGAUAGCGAUGUGUCGAUUAUUUCGACGCAGCCGUCGAUGCCCGAGAUGGCAGACCUCGGGUGGGAUGAGAUCGAAGACGUGGUCAGCAAUGAUGAGGGUAAGAUGGACAGUGUUUCCAGUGCAAACAGGGUCGAUUUGCGGAAACGCCUGAGCGCAGCAGAAGAGGAUGAUUUACCUUGGGACAUCGAGGACGGCGACGAGGAGGAGCAUCCCAAAUUGUGAUUGAAGUAAAAUGGUCCUUUCACUAUUCAAAGCCUUUUACAACUGUAAACAUUGAGGGUCAAGUUUUCCCUUGAUAAUCAUGUCAUGGCGCUUGGGUCUAUUUUAGUUGUGCAAAAACCAUUAAUUGGGUUGUUACAGCGUGUCCUGUGGAUAGUUAUCUUCGUUUUAUACUCUUUAGAGUUCAGCUGGAAGCUAUGUAACUAUGCAAUUGUCCAUUCAUGAUUACAAAUAAAAGCUUGGUCCUUUCUUU